GUGUAUAUAAAUAUAUGUAAAUAUAUACACACAGAUACAUACGUACAUACACGCAUGCACAUACGUACAUACCCCCACAUAGUAUGAGGGUUAGUUGCAGCGCGCAUGCGCAGUCCUGCUCCUUGUCUGUAGUUUUAGCCGAGCUGGUGCCGCUUUGCUGUAGCGCGCGCACAUCCCCGUCGAGAUGGUGACUGAAAUGAAAUCAUUUAAUUUCUCUAUAGACGGCUGAAGAAUGGCACAAUUUAAACAAAUAUUGUUAUGUAUUCAGCACUGUGUGCUACAAGUCCACGAUGCCUGAAGAUAUUUAAAACCACCGUUCAGAAGAGUGAUUUGAUUCCUGUGGAAUCUAUACAGCAUUUGGCCUCUGUUUUUUUUUUUUUAUUAUUAUUUUGCUGUAUUUGUUUUUAACAAAACGUACCCACGUUUGUGAGAGCGUGGAUAUCUGAACGUCACGUCGAAGACAUCCUUUUUGGUCAACGAUGCCCGUGCAAGCGCCGCAAUGGACCGAGUUUCUGUUGUGUCCCAUCUGCACACAGACGUUCGAGGAGAGUGUGCGCAAGCCCAUCAGCCUGGGCUGCGGUCACACCGUCUGCAAGAUGUGCCUGAACAAGCUGCACCGCAAAGCCUGCCCUUUUGACCAGACCACCAUCAGCACAGACAUCGAGCUUCUGCCCGUCAACACGGCGCUGCUGCAGCUCGUCUGCCCUCAGGUACCCAAGUCUCAGCCCGUCACCUUAGUGAAAGGAGUGGAGGACAUCAAGCAUUAUGAUGAAGCACGCACGUGUGUGGAGGAGCUGGCUCUCUACCUCAAACCCCUCAGCAACACCCGAGGUGUAGGGCUGGGCACUGCGAGUCAGAGUCUCCUCAGCAGACCCAUGCAGAGGAAGCUGGUGACCCUGGUGCACUGCCAGCUGGUGGAGGAGGAGGGUCGUAUCCGGGCCAUGCGUGCCGCUCGCUCUCUGGGUGAACGCACAGUCACCGAGCUCAUCCUGCAACACCAAAACCCCCAGCAGCUCUCUUCCAACCUGUGGGCCGCUGUCCGAGCUCGUGGCUGCCAGUUCCUCGGCCCUGCCAUGCAGGAGGAGGCUCUGAAGUUGGUGCUGCUGGCGUUGGAGGAUGGUUCGCCUCUGUCCCGCAAGGUUCUGGUUCUGUUUGUGGUCCAGAGGCUGGAGCCACGCUUCCCUCAAGCCUCUAAAACCAGUAUAGGGCAUGUCGUACAGCUGCUGUACAGAGCCUCAUGUUUUAAGGUGACUAAGCGAGAUGAGGACUCAUCCCUGAUGCAGCUAAAGGAAGAGUUCAGGACGUACGAGGCUCUGCGGAGAGAGCACGACUCCCAGAUCGUGCAGAUUGCCAUGGAGGGAGGCCUGCGCAUCGCCCCUGACCAGUGGUCCUCCCUACUCUAUGGGGAUCAGUCCCACAAGUCCCACAUGCAGUCCAUCAUUGAUAAGUUGCAGACCCCAGCCUCUUUUGCUCAGAGUGUACAGGAGCUCACCAUUGCCCUGCAGAGAACAGGAGACCCAGCCAACCUCAACCGCCUCAGACCGCAUUUAGAGCUGCUGGCUGACAUCGACCCGAGCCCAGAUGCCCCUGCCCCCACUUGGGAGCAGCUGGACAAAGGGCUGGUGGCUGUAAAGACAGUAGUGCAUGGUCUUGUGGACUUCAUCCAGAACCACAGCAAGAAGGCUGGAGACCCACAGCAGGCUCCUCAGCACAGCAAGUACAAGACGUACAUGUGUAGAGACAUGAAGCAGAAGGGAGGGUGUCCCAGAGGAGCCAGCUGCACCUUUGCCCAUUCCCAGGAGGAGCUGGAAAAGUUCCGUAAGAUGAACAAGCGUCUACCUUUGAGGAAGCCCCUCAGCCAGUCGCUGACCCAGCUUAACGACAUGGACGUAGCUUGCAACCCGGGCCUUCUGUCUGAUGAGGGUUUGGUUGUGGAGGGUCUGGCCCACAAACCUGCCAUGGUCACUAAUGGCAUUCUACCAGUGCCACCUGGAUCAGAACUCACACAUCUGGUCUCCCGUGGAUCAGCAGCAGCCUAUGACACCUCUCGCAAGCUGGGAAAACCAGACACAGGCAGCCUCAGUGCUCCUGAAUCACCACCAGACUCACUGGACUCCAUUCCUAAAGUGGUGAUGCCUUCAGCUUCUCAUCCUAGAAUCCAGAGGGAGAGUCUGGCUGGACACACACUGUCUGCUGUCUCCAGAGUUCCCCAGAUACCGCAGUACCCUCCUCAUCAGCCUGAGGCCUAUUACCCAGAAUCCAGAGUACCACCACCUGCCUCCCAAUACGAGUCCUCUCAGUAUCCCACUGGCAACUCAUACGCUUAUCAGCACUUGCAGCCUCGCUACGCUCGCCCCCCAGUUGACCCCAGCUUGGUGCCCUACCCAGACCCCUAUCCUGUGUCCUACGCCCCAGAGCGCCAGUACCCUGCUCAAUCUGACCCUCGCUACAGCUAUCACGACAACCGCCGCCAUGCGCCUUAUGGAGGCCACCCUCCACUCCCACCAUAUGCUCGAGAUGAGCUGGGCCACAGGAGUCCUGUCCCUAUGGAGAUGCCCCCACCACCACAGGCACCGACAGCAGGAGCCUCAUCCUCAUACCUCCCAGAAUCACGGGACAGAUAUGGCCCUGAGAGCUACAACCACUCUGGCCACGGCAGGCCUUACAGCGGCAGGAGUGCAUAUGCCCGGCCACAGCCCAGCCUGGACUACCUGCACCGUCGGAAGAAGGAAAUCAUGGCCCAGUUGGAGGAGUGGAAAGUCGUCUCUCCUCCUCCCUUUGCCUCCUCUCCAAACCUGGCCCACUCUUAUGACCCCAGUUUUACGCAAGAGGUCAGGGGGCAAAACCAUGGCCAACAGUAUAUUGGAGAGAACCCUCCAGAGUUCCAGAAUGUCAGAGAACCGGAAUACGCGGCUUCGUACUCGCCGUGGUCAUGUGACACUUUUGCCCCCUACAUCGGCACCAAGGAUAUGAAGUCCAAAGACUGCCCAGCCACAGGCUACAUGGAGAUGCAGACUAUAGAAAAAAGCCUGAGAGAUCCGGCUCUGGAGCUGCAGCGUCGGGCGGCGGAGGUCAAAGAUGAUGACCCGAUCAUCCCAUUUGGCUCGCUGCCCACCGUCUCUCGCUUUGGAGCCAUAUCUCGCACGUCCAGAUCGGGAUAUCAGCCUGCUGGACUUGUUCCAGGCCCCCCAGCCAAACACUCUGCAAGCGCAGUUGAUUACAGCUAUAGGAAUCAUGGAGGAUGGAAUGAAGCCUCUUACACCCAGCACCAAAUCAUGCCACCUCAGGGACAUUUCAGUGAGCGUCUGCCCCCUGCUGCCCAGGAAAGGGAACAGCUGAAGAUGGAGCUCCAGCGGGUCAACCAACAGAUUACCCAACAGACUCGCUGUAUGGAGAGGGAACCAGGUUCAGCAGCUGGCCAAGCUGCUCCAGUGGAGUGGUCAACGGCUAGUGUUUCCAGCGAGCAGCUGAGCCUAGAGUUGCACCAGGUGGAGAGAGAGAUCGGCAUGAGGACACGUGAGAUGGCCAUGGAGGCGGCUGGCAUGAAGUACAAGCUGGUAGCAGGAAGUGAAAAUGGACAGGGCGAGCACAAUUUACAGCGGGAGGAUCACCACCUAGCCCUCAGUGAGGGAUCAAACGGUUCCAGUUCUGUGGUGCAGGACUGUGGUAUGGGCAGCACCAGCAUGUCCUCCCUGACCAGCAAGACAUCCUCACUCAGCCUGUCGUCUGAACUGGUGGGCAGCAGCCCGGACCUGACCAAGAAUGGGGUGGCUCACGCAUGCUCAUAGGUUGUCUUCAGCUAGAUGCUACCUUAUGAGCUGGUGUCUCACACUCUCUCUCUCUCUCUCUCUCUCACUCUAAACUCUGAGUAGAAAGUUGUAUCUCAAGUUCACCUCCAAUUCGCAGAGGCUGCAAUACACCACCAACCAUCCAUUACUUAACUAUUUAAUAUACUCCACUCAUAUUGGGUCACUUAUUCUUUUUCUUUACCACCGCAGUAUUGGGAUGUUGAGCGUUCCAUAUAUUCAAUAUAUUCAGCUGCAUUUGUGACCGCUGAUCAUACAAAUAAUCCAAAAAUGAUGAGUCAUACUUGCCUCGCAACACCUACAGGAUUUUACAGAAAUAGGAAUAAGCAGUAUCUGCCAUAUAGUUUGUUUUUCUUUCUUUUCUUUUCUUUUUUUUUGUUCUGUGAAUGAAUUUUUUUUUCCUAUGAUAAAUUCUUUCACUGCCUUACAAACCAGAGCAUUCAAGAAACAUUUUAUGAAUGUGUUUACUUGCAAGUCUAAACAGUAAUAUUAAUUUUAGUAACGAAAAGUAAUACUCACAUGUAAUAGACUCAGACUACAUUCUUAGUAGUUAAAUUAUCGUACAUAAUGCUGACUUUUAACAUUUGAAGUUUACAUUGUGCACAUUUCUCAUGUGAAUCUUCUUACAAUUUCUGUAGGAGCCUCCUGUUUGCUGCAUAUUCUACAUAUUAGAAACUGAUGAAUAUGAUAAACAUUGCCUGUUCAGAAUAACUCCAGCACUUUUUUUUUUUUUUUUUGUCAAAACCAGACUGUUAUUUUGAGUUGAAUCUAGUAUUGUUGCCCCUCAGCUUCAUAUACGAGUGGUCAGUGUUCAGGCAUCGUGGCUUUGCUCAGUAUCUUCUCAUUGUAAAACAUUACUCAGGCCCCGACCACACGUAUACAGAUAAUUAUUUUUUGUCCACAUGAAAAUGCUAUCACUGAAAAUGAAGCUUCUUGAAAACGCCCUUCAAGGUGAAGAAAUGUUCAAAUUUAACUCUCUUCGUGUGGACGGGAAAACUGCAUGUUUCCCUGUGCACUCCUGUUGCAGAUUUGCGUGUUACAAAUGUUCUAGGACUGUUUUUAAAAUGUCUGUCAGGUUGUUUGUGCGCUGUAAUUUUUUUAUUUGAUAACGUGUUUUUUUUUUUUUUUUUUUUUUUUUUUUUUUUUUUUUUUUUUUUUUUUAAUUUAAUAUUACACCCUCAUGCAAAGGAGACAGAAUAUGACCUCCACUGUACGGCUUCUGAUUACACGGCUCCAAUCCCAUAUAGUGAACGUACCGCGGGUGGUUUUUCAUAGGAUUUUGGCGAACGCUUUGUGUUCGAGUGUUACAUUAAGCAGUAGUUCCACUUUCAGGCCAUGCUUAUGAGUCCUUGUGUUUGUCAAGUUGUAUUUGUUUUAUUUUUAGAACUUUGCGCCAUGGUGGUAUUUUUCCACUUUGUCUUCUCUACACCUCUAUACACAGCAUAUUUUUGACGCAUUUAAUGUAACAGUUUAGGACAUACUAUCGCUGCCCUAGAGAGUCCAUAUAAGCAUUUAAAAAAAUUGUCUAUUCCUUUGGACAGAUAUAUAUUCAAAAACACAUCAUCUUUUUCAAAAAAUAUCUAUAUACGUGUGAACGGAGCCUCAGUCUUGUGUCCUGUGUAAUUCCUGCCAAACAGCUAGGUAUGCCUCUGAACUGAUGGGACAGACAGUCCAGGUUUCGUGUGUUAUUUCAUAGUUCCACUCCAUGCUAGCUUCAGUUUGAAGUUUGUGACAUCAGUGAAAUCAUUCUUCCAUGCUGAAAUGGAAACUGUGCUCUCGGACUGACCUCCAAAAUCUGUUUGCCUUCCUGGAGUAAAAUGGCUAAAUUUUUACUAUUUUAUUUGGCUAUAUAUAGAUUUCUUUUAUAUCCCUGAAGCUGAGCUUCCAAAAAUGUGCUUUGCUUCUUCAGAGGUGGUCAGAAACAGCUAAAACAUGUGGACAGGGCCGGAAAGCCACUCAUCACUUGUAGCCAAUUGCACUUGUUUUUUUUGUUUGUUUUUUUUUAUUUUUAUUUAUUUUCUUUAAUUUUUUUUAAGAACACGAACUAACAUACCUCUCAGCUUUAAUGUAUUUUUAACCAGGGAUAUUUACACGUUUCAUCCUGAGGAUGGAAAAAAAAAAAAAGCCUAAGAGACAAACUGAAAGGAGACAUUCUGUUUUCUGAAUGUUUAUAUAUAUAUAUGAUGAUUCAGGGAAAACUUUGAUCUGCAUACAGAUCUUCAGACCUAGAAAAGUAAUUAAAAAAUGACUAAAGCCUUAAGGUCAGGGUGCUGCUGUGGUGUGUGUUAAUGUGGUUGUUUUUUUUUGUUUGUUUGUUUUUAAACACACACACUGGUUCAUUUAGGACGUUUGUGUUAGAAAUUUUGAGAUGCUGUUCUGAUCACCUCUGAUUGGACCUCAAGCAAUGUUGUUUAUUUGAACAAUUUUUUGUUGUUUUUAACUUCUAUGAAGUUGCUGUUGUCAUUGGCAUGUUAAUGAUUUCUCCAGGAGGCCACAGUGAGGGGUUCAUAGCCGAUGCACCUUGUACUUUCUCUCUCUCUCUCUUUUUUUUUUUUUCUUUUUUUCUUUUUUUCCCCCCCUCUUUUCUAGUUCAAAUCCAGGCCUUUACGUGAACGUAUAAAGGCCUGAGAAUCACUGCCUAGUGAGAAGCUCAUCAUUCAUUCACUGUAUGUACUUCAUAUUUCCAGAAUGUUCUGAAAGGCUCAAGCGAUACCAUGAUUAAGAGCUUGUACUGCUUAACAGCUACGUCUUGUUUAAUCUCUAAACAAGUAUUAUGUUCAAGUGGCUGACAUUAUUUAAAAUACAAACAACUUCAGUGCAUUUUGAAACAUUUUAUGACCGAAAGAAAUUCAGGCUUUGCACAGCAUUAUUCGGCUUUUUGAGCAUGCAGUAUUCACAGUAAAAAGAAUAGUAAGAAAACAAAAUAGGGUUAAUGUGGCAAAAAUAUAUCAAUACACAUAGUUAUUUUAACAAAGUGCCAGCAAAAUUAUGGAUGUGAUAUUUUCACAGUGUGUAUAAAAGUGAUUAUGUAACAACAGAAAAGAGGGAAAAUUAAAAAUUCAGUACAAAAUUAGCAGUAAUAGCGGAGCUAUUCAGUGUUAAUAAUAUUGAUGCUUGCAAUAGUAAGAUUAUUGAUAUUACAUCAUAUCACCCAGCUAGGAACUAGAUUCUCUGAGGAAAUCUGAAUGCAUUUGGCAGAAGUAAGUGUGUGGAAAGUGAACUACUGAAUCCUGAAUCCUGAAACCCUGAAACUGUUUGUAUACUUACAGCAGGGGUGGACAAAUCAGCAAGCGAGGCCACCAAGCAAGUAAAAUCUCCAGUGUGCUGAAACCUAACUGAUAAGGCUAAAAAGUGGUAGCUAAUGUAAUGUAACAAUGUAUUGCAAGCUAGUUAGCUUGUUAAGUGCAUUAAAACAGACUGAGAGAAACUGUUAUCUUCUAAGAAAGUCUCUAAUGUAGCACAUUGUGUUUACAGUGUCGACAGAAUGUCAGCAAGUCUUGAAGUGAACAUUUUGGUUGUGAGAUGUAGCGUUAUGUCCUCUCAUUGCACAGUCUGUUUAGCAACUUUAUUUUCUCUUAAAUAAAGAGGUGACUGUGUGUAGUAAACACAUCGGCUUCAUGCUGGACUUUAUUUUGUUCAGUUUUGUCAGUGUUUCCAUAAGCCUUACUGAUUUUGAAAAGAUCAGUGCAUGCUAAUUAAUCCAAUGAGUAAAAAUAAUUUUACCAUCAAGCAGAUAACACCUUGAGUAGCGUGCGCUAUAGUAACAUCAUCGAGAUCUGUUAUAUGCCGUAAUAUGCUUUAAGAUUAAACAUACACACUAAUUUAAAAUUUUGUGAAAGUCAAUAGGAAGUAUUUUCUUUUUCUUGUUGUUGAACCUACUUGAACCAACUACGCAUAAAAACUAGUAUGAAAACUGCUUGUCCCAGGUCCCCGGGAAACCGAUUUGUCCACUCCUGUGCUCAACUAGCUCCUUUUUCAUCAACCAGCAAUAAUGCAGUAUGUUAACAAGACUUAUUUUAUAUAUAUAUAUAUAUAUAUAUAUAUAUAUAUAUAUAUAUAUAAACUAUGUAGUAGUAUGUAGUAUCACCAGAGCAUUGAUUUUCUGAGACUGUGGAUGUUAUGUAGCGUCAGACACAACCACCACUCACUGUUAGUGUGCACAGAUUACUUAAUUUCAACCACUUUCACAUUAUUAUUCUAAUAUUAGGUAGAUUUAACACCUUGUGUGUGUUUAUACACUCUGAAUGGCUGUUUAAUGGCCAUUCUGUGCUGCAUCAUUUAACACACCUAUUUGGUGUGAAAUUUAACUGUUGUUAUUGCUUGUGCAAGAGCUUAUGACAUCUUCAUUAUAUACAUUAAUGCAGUGGAAGUGAACAUUAGACCCUACUGUACAGAUUUUGUGAGGUAUUAUGCGGAACCACUUUUGCACGCUUUCAAUAUGUCAGCAUGUUACGCUUUUGUUCAGCGCUUGAGAGGAAACCGCAGUGCCUUGCACUUUUUACGUUGCGUCAUCAGCCAGUUUGGUUGUUCAUCUGAUUGUAAAUCUGCUUUUCAGAAAAAUGUUUUUUAAGGUCCAUUUGCGAUGUCUGAAUGAGAGAGAAAUUUGAUACUUUUGGUUUGUUUUCUAUUUGAUUUGUUUUCACUUUAGUGCAUAUAAUUAAACGAACCAAAAAGGGGGAAAAAGUGUGUGUGUGUGUGUGUGUGUGUGUGUGUGUUUUUGUAGGGCUGAAAAUGUCUUCGUAAAACGUAUUCAUUGGUCAGAAAUAUGAUGAUGGAAAAAUAGACAAACCUUCACCAAGUAUAUGUAAAUGUCACAAAAAUUACCCAAGCAUGGAAAACAGUCUUUGCUAAAUAAAUGAUUAGAUAAUUAUAUAAAUAACAAGUGUAAACAUUGUGUUGCAUCCAGCAUUUAUCAUUUUGUUUAUCCAAAUCUCCAGAACGAUAAGCCUUCACUCUCUGGUCUAAUGAUUAAUUCUUAUGCGGUUUUAUGUGUGUGCGCGUGUGUGUACCUUUUCAUUGUUGUGUAAGAUUUGUAUGUGAGACUGGUUUGAAUUUGUUUCCUUACAUGAAACGCAGUGAUAAACUAGUCUCUUUCAUGCAGAAGGGCUUCAGUUACUGACCUGCUGAAGGAAUUGAUCAGUCAUUUAAAAACUGCUCAGCUGGUUAACUAUUGUUGCAAAGCAACAUCCACAUUCAGCCUCCCAUCAAGCAGUGGGAGAAACACCUUAAGUGUAAAAGGGAGAGAAAAAAAAAGGAGCGACCAUGUUUACCCAUUGACUCAAAAAGUGUCAUGUCUUAUACUAAUCAGUAACCAGGACAACGUCUCUCGUUUUCUGUAGAGAAAUGUAAAUGUUGAUCACAUUUUCUGUGUAGUUUUCAUUCAGAACCUUUUUUUUUUUUUGGAUUUGCGAUAGUAAUUUGUUUCAAACUCGUGUACAGCGAAGCAAGCUGAUGUACAGAAUUUUUUACACUCUGUCUCACAGAUGGAGUGGGAGGGGCUUCCAUGUGGACCAAUGAGUGAGUGUUAAACAGGAAGUCGAGCGUCAGGCACACUUGCUCAGAGAAGCUCAGGAAAGACUCCUCACUGACACACCACACACACACAAACACAGGUGUUAGUGUUCAGCUCAUAGACAUAGGAUGUUGUUUCAGAAUUGAUGAUCAUGAACGAGUCCCGAUGGGAGUGUUUUUGUCUUUUUCUUUUUGUUCACGCUGAACAUGCUCACUGCUUGCAGUCACCUGUUUUUUCUUUUUUUUCCAUUGCAUCUAGCUGUUCUUGCAUUUAUGCAUAUUAUUAUUUUAUUUUUUUAAAUGUGUAAAUCCUAACCUUGGGAAAAUGUAAUUGCUUUUGAUUACUCUCAGGUUAGCUUAUAAAAGAUUGCUUAAAUUAAGGUACACAAACCAACUGCAACAUGAGUAAGAAUUUAAGGGUUUUUUUAAAUAUAUAUAUAUUAUACUCCAUUAAGGAAUGUUUAGAACUAUUUCUCCAAUGUGGAUUUAGCUGAACCUUUUUUUUUUCUUUGUUAAAAAUUCACUGUGUGAAAUUUUGGAUUGCAUUUUGUAUAAUACAAUUGCUUUUCUUCAUGGAAUGGGGAAGGAAGGGGAACUGACUGGAAGGCUGAAUUAGAUAAAACAUGAAAUUAUUUAAAAGUGUAACUUAAUGUGCAACAAUAAUUCUGUACUGGCAGGGAUUGUGAUUAAAUGAUAUUGUAAACAGCU